UCCACGCUGCCCGACGUGGACCUGCAGCUACCCCGCAUGUACGGGGACAACAUCGACGAGCAUUUUCGCCUCCUGGCGCAGAAGCAGAGCCUGCCCUACCUGGAGGCGGCCAACGAGCUGCUGCGGUGUGAGCUGCCCCCCGUGCCCUCGCAGUGGGCAUGGCAGCUCGGCUGGACGCGCUAUGGCCCCGAUGGGCAAGCGGAAACCGUUGACUUCCCCGAGGAGCGGGCGGUGGUGUUGGACGUGGAGGUGUGCGUGGCUGAUGGCCACUGCCCCACGCGGGCUGUGGGGGUGCUGCCUGUCCUCCACAGGUACUCGUGGUGCAGCAAGCGGCUGCUGGAGCAGCGGUACUCCUGGUCCAGCCACCUCACCCUGGCCGACCUCAUUCCCCUGGAGAGCCCAGCUGGCGCUGGCUGUGCUGGGAAGCAGGACUGGCCAGAGAGAGUGGUGGUGGGGCACAACGUGGCAUUCGACCGGGCGUUCAUCAAAGAGCAGUACCUCAUCCAGGGCUCCCGGGUGCGUUUCCUGGACACCAUGAGCAUGCACAUGGCCAUCUCGGGGCUGACGGGCUUCCAGCGCAGCCUCUGGAUGGCUGCCAAGCACGGCAAGAGGAAGGGAAUGCAGCAGGUCAAGCAGCACAUAAAGAAAACACGCAGCAAAACGGAGGGGCCAGCUGUCACUUCGUGGGACUGGGUGCACGUCAGCAGCAUCAACAACCUGGCGGACGUGCACGCGCUGUACGUCGGGGGGGAGCCGCUGGAGAAGGAGGCGCGGGAGCUCUUUGUGAAGGGGACUAUGGCCGACAUCAGGAAUCACUUCCAGGACCUGAUGUCGUACUGUGCCCGCGAUGUCCAGGCCACCCACGAGGUGUUUCAGGAGCAGCUGCCGCUCUUCAUGGAGAGGUGCCCCCACCCUGUGACAUUUGCAGGGAUGCUGGAGAUGGGGGUGUCCUACCUGCCGGUCAAUGGGAACUGGAAGAGGUACCUAGACGAUGCUCAGGGCAUCUACGAGGAGCUGCAGAAGGAGAUGAAGAAGUCUCUGAUGAACCUGGCCAACGAUGCCUGCCAACUGCUGCAUGAGGACAGGUACAAGGAUGAUCCCUGGCUCUGGGAUCUUGAAUGGGACACUCAGGAGUUUAAGCAGAAGAAGAAUCCAGGGAAGAAGAAGAAGAAGGAUCAGGACAGGAACAGCAAAGCCUCCACAGUGGCAGUGGGCACAGACGGGUCCGUGCAGGAGUUGCAGGAAGACCCUGGUCCCCCUGGUGAGGAUGAGGAGCUGAUAGCCCCUGCGAGCCGGGUCUGCCUGGAGCGUCUGAAGGAGACUGUUGCACUGCAACCCAAGAGACUCCAGCACCUGCCGGGCCACCCGGGCUGGUACCGCAAGCUGUGCCUGCGCCUGGAGGAGGCAGGGUGGGUGCCGGGACCCAGCCUCAUCAGCUUGCAGAUGAGGGUGACCCCGAAGCUGAUGCGCCUGGCCUGGGACGGCUUCCCCCUCCAUUACUCGGAGAAGCAUGGCUGGGGCUACCUGGUACCUGGGCGGCAGGACAAUUUGCCUGCAGCCCCCUUGGAGGACGAGGGCCCUCCCUGCCCGCACAGGGUGAUCGAGUACCUGUACAGGCAGCACUGCCUGGAGAGAGGCAAGGAGCAGCCCCCGGGGCCGGAGCCUGCCGUGGAGGAUGAGCUGCUGGUGGUGGAUGGCAGCACGAUGUGGCAGAAGGUGGAGGAGCUGAGCCAGCUGGAGGUGGACACGGAGGAGAAAAUGGGCAGAGUAGACCAGAGCAUGGCACAGGAAGAGAUGGAUGAGCUGUGUGAGCCGGUGGAGGCAAGGAGCCAGCCCUCGUACCAUCACGGCAAUGGUCCCUACAACGAUGUCAACAUCCCUGGGUGCUGGUUCUUCAAGCUGCCUCACAAGGAUGGGAACGCUAACAAUGUGGGAAGCCCUUUCGCCAAGGAUUUCCUGCCCCAGAUGGAGGAUGGCACCCUGCGGGCUGCUGUGGGCCGCACCCAUGGGACCAGAGCCCUCGAGAUUAACAAAAUGAUCUCGUUUUGGCGGAACGCUCACAAGCGGAUCAGUUCCCAGAUGGUGGUGUGGCUGAAGAAAGGGGAGCUGCCUCGCGUGGUGACCAGGCACCCUGACUAUAACGAGGAGGAUGAUUACGGAGCCAUCCUGCCGCAGGUGGUGACCGCGGGUACCAUCACCCGCCGGGCGGUGGAGCCCACAUGGCUGACAGCCAGCAACGCCCGGGCUGACCGGGUGGGCAGCGAGCUGAAAGCCAUGGUCCAGGUGCCCCCUGGCUACUCCAUGGUGGGCGCGGACGUGGAUUCCCAGGAGCUCUGGAUAGCCGCCAUCCUCGGCGAGGCACACUUUGCCGGCAUGCAUGGCUGCACAGCUUUCGGCUGGAUGACUCUGCAGGGAAAGAAGAGCAACGCGACAGACCUGCACAGCAAGACGGCUGCCACGGUGGGCAUCAGCCGGGAGCACGCCAAGGUCUUCAACUACGGGCGCAUCUACGGGGCCGGGCAGCCCUUCGCUGAGCGGCUGCUGAUGCAGUUCAACCAUCGGCUGACGCAGCAGCAGGCGCGCGAGAAGGCUCAGCAGAUGUACGCGGUCACCAAGGGCGUCCGGAGGUUUCAUCUCUCUGAGGAGGGAGAGUGGCUGCUGAAGGAGCUGGACCUGGCUGUGGACAGGGCAGAGGAUGGAUCGGUGUCGGCCCAGGAUGUCCAGCAGCUCCAGAGAGAAGCCAUGAAAAGGUCCCGGAGGAAGAAGAAGUGGGAUGUGGUGGAGCACCGAGUGUGGGCUGGAGGCACCGAGUCCGAGAUGUUCAACAAGCUGGAGAGCAUUGCCUUAUCCCCGUCCCCGCAGACCCCGGUGCUGGGCUGUCACAUCAGCAGGGCCCUGGAGCCUGCCGUGGCCAAGGGGGAGUUUCUGACCAGCAGAGUGAACUGGGUGGUGCAGAGCUCAGCCGUUGACUACCUGCACCUCAUGCUGGUCGCCAUGAAGUGGCUCUUCGAGGAGUUUGACAUCAACGGGCGCUUCUGCAUCAGCAUCCACGACGAGGUGCGCUACCUGGUCCAGCAGCAGGAUCGCUACCGAGCAGCCCUGGCCCUGCAGAUCACCAACCUCCUCACGCGGUGCAUGUUUGCCUACAAACUGGGCCUCCAGGAUCUGCCACAGUCAGUGGCUUUCUUCAGUGCAGUGGAUGUGGACCAGUGCUUAAGGAAAGAGGUGACCAUGAACUGUGUGACACCAUCAAAUCCAACUGGCAUGGAGAAGAAAUAUGGCAUCCCUCAAGGAGAAGCACUGGAUAUAUAUCAGCUAAUUGAAAUAACCAAAGGUUCGCUGGAGAAGAAGUGA